AUGCAUUACAAAUGGCCACGGAAGCUCAUACAACAUAUCCGCUCCAACGAACGUCGAAGUACUGAGAAGUCCUCAUCGCCACCGAUGGAAGUGCAGCCUCUAGGCUUUGACAGCAAUGACAGGCGAAGUACCAAGGAUCCACCAUCGCCCGUGAAUGCACUACAGCCUUUGGACUUUGACAGCCAGGAGAGUGCGGAGACAUCCUCAUCAACCUGGCAAGUAUAUGAGAUGACUCACAAUCAAAAGCUACAGCUGCUUCAAAAAGCCAUUGAAGGAGACGUACACAGUCGCAGCGAAUCGCUUGACAAGGCUCAACGAUUUAGACGGUACUACGACAAGACCGCUGAGGAAUUUGGUCUGAAGCAUGAAGCCAUUGAAGAUGCACCACUGCGACUUCUCUGCCGUGCUGACACGAUUCAGAAGCUCGAAUCUGGAGGGUUUGACUGCCCGUCGUUUGUUGCUCUGAGUUAUUGCUGGCGUGAUGGCAGCUGGACACUAGCCAGUCACUUAAAGCAUCCAGAGAAAGGGCUACCAAUUUCGCCGGAAAUAUGGGAAAUUAUCAACUCCUUAGUGCAAGAAGAUGAGGGUAUCUGGAUCGAUCAAAUCUGCAUUGAUCAAAACGAUGAAGCUGAAAAGAGAGCCGUCAUUGGUGUCAUGGACUUGGUCUAUAAAAGCGCACGAGAAGUUCUCGUCCCGCUUGAAGAUGUCUCACUCUCCUUCGAUGAGAUGAUAGUGCUAGAUGACCUUAUAGAAACACGCGUUAGAAAACUCGGUGCCGUAUUCGAGUCACUCGAAGCCAGCCAAAUGACCAUGCAGAGAACCGUAUCGACGGUCGGUAUUAUAGCCUCCGCUCGAUGGUUCAACAGGGUGUGGUGCUUCCAUGAAUAUCAGUGCCAUGAGGAGUGCACAUUUUUUAUUCCAAGUGAACGCUGUAUCUUUCGUCGGGGCAGUCAGUGGUUGAGGGAAGCAAUCGUUGUAAUUGCGACUUUAGUCAAAGUGCUGGGUCAAUUUGAAACUGGUUUCAAUUCCCCAUUCGAAGAAGUAAGCAAACUCCAAAUAGUUUCGAGAGUGAUCUCCAAGGAUAUAUCAUGA